AUGACAUGGAUCAAAGAAAACUUGCUCGUAGACAAUAUACUGGAAAUAUGUUGUAUGAGCACUGGUACCCAGACUGUCAAGAAAGAUUGGGGCGAAGAUCGCGUUAGGAUAUUGGCGGCAAGUGCGAAAGCUGCUCAGCGUGGUGCUGGUCGACAACCAAGAGCAUCUAGAGUCACGAAAGCUAAGAAGGGGGUUGGUACAGCGUCACUUUUACCAGUUGUUGCAGGUCAGUCCAGAAAACGCACAACAAGCCCUAUGGAGCAGCGAAAAGCAGCGAGUUCCCGCCGAAAUAGCACAGAAUCUUCAGGUUACAAUUCGAACCAUUCUUUCAUGACGGACUAUCCUGCUCCUGAGAGCUAUUCCACACGAUUUGAAGGCCCAAGCAUGGCUCAGAGACGAUUUCCUGACCCUCCAAUAAACUCCGAGCUCCAAAUGCAUACCGCCAAUCCCACACUAAAUAUCCGGCAACAAAUCACCCCCGAUGGUAUCCUGAACGUCCCCGAAGCUCAAACUCCUCUUCAGACCCGUCACCCAGAAACUCACAUGAGACUCACUUUUACAACCCCAUCAAAAGCUCCCCACCAACCCCUAAGUCUCCAGAAACACCAACCCAUCAUCAUCCGCGAUCCCACCCCCGAAGACGACGGAAAGAGUCUUUUCGUCGAGCAAGAUUAUUCUGGAUAUAACCGUGGGACCUCUGCUCCGCGCCCGAAUACGGAGUUGGAUGCCGCGGUGACUAUGACCAUGUUUCAUCGGCAAGAGAUGCACACUUUGCAUGGAACUCCUGUUAGAAGAUUUGGUCACCCGGAUGCCCGUCGUGAUGUUCAGCAGGUUCGUCCUGAUAACCAUGGUUAUCAACGGUAUAUUGGGGAUACUAGUUCAGGAUUCCGUCUUGCAGAUUCAGUUCCUCGUGUUGAUACGGUUCGCCGGAGUCAGAAGCAGGGUCGAUUAGGCCAAUUGGAGAAAUGUGACGAGGAUGACAAGAACAACGAGAAUGAGUAG